GGGGGGAACCCAGGCGCAGGGCUACUCAUCUUCCAUGUGUUGCCACUGGAUGGGCAGCAUGUCAGCUCCUGAAAAUAGCCUCACAGAGAGUAUAAAAAGACCCAGAUGAAGGCGAGUGACAGCUCAGAACACCAGAGGACCACCCUGAGAACCACAGCCACAGCUCUGCAGCACAAAGACCGACCCAGACCUGGACACAGUCUACUCAGACCUGAAGACUUAAAGGAAAAGCAGUCUGAGUCUGAUCUGAAGCCUUUGGUUGGAUUUGUUUGUGGGUUGUUUGCUUUGUUUUUUGUUUUUUUUGUUUUUUGCAAGAUUUUUAGGUAAAUCAAACCAAGAUGAAGUACUAUCAGUACCCCGUGCCCCAGACCAUUGGACUUGAAGCUUACCCCAAGAACUGCAGCGUCCCUCUGAGCUGCAAAGCCACAGCUUCUCUGAAACCGGUCCGAAACGUGCACUUCCCCAACGACAUCGUCUUCCAGGACUACGUACGACAAGGUGAGCUGGAGAGGAUUGGACGCUUCAUCCGAGCAAAGCGAGUGACUCUGGACACCAUCUACCUGUCAGGCAUGGCUGCCCUCCAUGAGGCUGUGCUGACUGGGAACCUGGAGUGUGUGAAGCUGCUGGUGAAGUACGGCGCAGAUAUUCACCAGAGGGACGAGGAGGGCUGGACUCCUCUGCACAUGGCCUGCAGCGACGGAUUCCCACACAUCGCACGUUACCUCCUGUCGCUGGGCGCUGACCCUGACCUGGAGAAUGACUGUGGGGAGAAACCAGCUGACCUCAUUGAGCCGGACAACAAAGAGCUGCUGCAGAUUUUUGGCCUGGCCGUCAACGACUGACAGACUUUGUGGGUUUUAAAACCACAAACUGAUGCACGUGUGUGGAGAAACCUACAGCCGCCCAGUCUGUGUGACAGUCAGGCAGCAGCGGAGACGCAAGGAGAGCAGUGU